AAAAUAAAUAAACUCUAAUUUGUAUGUCAGGUUAAAAUAUUUCUGUCAAUAGUAACUAGUGUUUUUUGAAUAGAUGUGUUUUGAAGACGAUAUUUGAAAAUAUUUCUUUAUUAUUCUUUAUAUACAAUAAAAUAUUAAUUAGAAAUUUUUUGUCACAUAGUUUUUAAAUAUUUAUAUGUUAUAAAAAAUAAGAUGCAGAAUAUAAAACAGUGUGUACGAUUUAUAUCGCAUAAAUUAUUUAAAACAACUAAUUCGAAUUGUUUAUCUAGUAUACAAAGAUCAUAUUAUUUUUUUAAAUCCGAUGAUGAGGAUGUAGAAAAAGGUUUUCUUAAAUAUAACAAUGUUGUUUUUCCUCCACAAAAACCAGAUGAAGAAAAAAGACCAGGUUAUGUUUGUCAUGCAAAAAAAAACAUAAAAUAUAGUCCAUUGAAAAUGUGGUAUAUUGCUUCUUUUGUAAGAGGUAUGUCUGUAGAUGAAGCUGUUAAACAAUUGAGUUUUUUAAAGAAAAAAGGUGCAGCUAUAGCCAAGGAAGUGAUUUUAGAGGCACAAAAGAUAGCUGUGGAAGAACAUGAUAUUGAAUUCAAAAGUAAUUUAUGGGUUGCUGAAUCUUUUGCAACAAAAGGUGUAGUAAUAAAAGGAUUACGACGUCAUGCUAGAUCAAGAUUUGGAAUAGUACAUUAUAGACAUACUCAUUACUUUGUACGUUUAGAAGAAGGAAAACCACCAAAAAAUUAUUAUUUAUCAGCACCUAAAAGCGGUGAAGAAUUAUUAAAAGAAUGGAUGGAACAAAUGCGUCACCGCAAAAUAUAUAAUUCAUUAUAAUAUGUAUAUAAAUAUAUAUAAAUAAAUAUUGUUAUAAAUAUUAUUAAA